GAAAUUGGAUCUUUUGCUCACCCAUGCGAAGAGCAAAUUGUUUGCAAUCUUACUGUUGCCGAACAAGUACCAAAAUUCAAUUGUAAAGUUUUAUCAUCAUCAAAAUCAAAUAUUGGUACCGUUGAUGAAAUUUUUGGUCCAACCCAAAAAGUUUAUUUCAGUGUCAAAUUAGAUAACGGUAUUCAAGCUUCAUCAUUCAAAGAAGGCGAUAAAAUUUUUGCUGAAACUACUUCUCUUUUACCAAUUAAAAUUUUCCUUGAAGAACCAAAA